AUGUCUUCACUUAAAAUCGAAGCCGUUAAUCGAGACAGGGACUCAGACCCUCUCACCUUGACUGUGACGCCGGGAAAAGAUGUGGUCGGAGUUCCGUUCAACCCCAAAGUCAGACCCUGGCAAUUCGCAUCUCCGUUGUCCAAAGUAGCAGUGAGAGCAGCCGACUUCAAAAGCGCGCGGGCGACUUUCAGGUGGCCGUCAUUGUCGACGACGUGCGAAUGCGAUCAGGUUGGAAUGCUGUUUGUUCGACCUCUGUCUGGUUUGCCAAACCCCGAUGCCGAACACCCUAGCGAUGCAGAGUCAGCACCUUACUACAUCAAAUACGGCCUGGAGGUCAUUGGAGGGAAACCAAUAAUCGCUGUGGCGGGAUCUAAUCAUCAACUAGACUGGUCGACAUGGCCAACGACACCGAAACAUCUCGAGUCGCUCACUAUCGAAUUUUUGCGAUAUGGCUCUGGCCUCUUGGCCCGAGUGAUUCCCCCAGCCGACGACUCUGGUGCUCGGAAGCAAGAGCCCUCUACAAUCCGGCUCUUCACCUGGCCGUUUGCGAAUCUCCAAGAUUCAGACGCGGAUAUCUGGAUAUGCAUCUACGCUUCCCGACCGGACACCAACAACACCACCACCGAGGGGUUUUCGGCCACCUUCGAAGACUUCCAGGUUGAGACGGUUCAAGGCAGUCGACUGUAG